CAUGGGAGUGACCUGCAGUCCUGCUAAACAAUAUCUAUUUACCAAGAGGCUCGUCGCCUGCAUGGGCAGCAGCAUGCCUCAUAGUUUACGUCAUGCUGCCCUUUGUGCUGCUCACAGUGCCUGGGAAGUCUUUGCCUUGAUCGAUGUCAUUGAUGAUGUGAUGCUACAGGACAUGGUUUUCACCAAGUUCUCCCCUGCUGGUGCAACACCCGCUGAUGAUGGUUCUGACUGCACAUUUGAUUAUGGCUGCAACAUGCACUAUCUCGAACUGGUCUUUGCCCUCGCAAGGAAUGCCAACUGGCACCCCCAUUUGUCUAGGGAUGGCCAUAUAGAUCAGUGCAUUAGCAUGAUUGCACAGUGCUGUGAAUUAUCCGAGUCAGAGCAUGCAUUUUACCUAGCUGGUAUCUUCCUCCGAAUCGCAUCUGAACAGGCGUCAGUUACACCCCUCACUUCUAUCACAGAGCAGCAUUGGUGGGAGGUGACAAGAUGGGCAUGGGACUCUGCUUACGAUACAACUGGCAACAUGCACUGCUUCGAGUUCCUUCCCGUCCUUGUGGAAGGGACAAAGAAGCAUAUAGAGAUUGCUCCGCAACCCAAUCUCGAGCAGCUCAUCAAAGUUCUGGAUCAUUUGCUGAGGUGGAAUUCAGAGCAGAGGGAGGGUGUCCUCAUUGUUGUGAGAGAGUUGAGGGCUGUAGCAAGUGAGAAGCUUGAGAAGCUUGAGAGGUCCGGUCAAUAGUUUUUGGGCAGGAAAUAUGUUAUUAGUCCCCUGAUUAUCACGAUGCUCACAUAUUCUGGGAUCGCAGGAGGGCAUGGUGAACAGUGCAAGUGCAGAAGGUAGAUGAGAUGAGAAGCAGCAAGCAGCAAGACUUGAACAAAUUUGAUGACUCUAAAUUGAUGGACGCACAACUGCAAUGAACACGAGGGAUGUGAUGCAAAGACUCGGGACACUGGCACAUAAAACAUUGUCAACAGCGAUUCCUUGUCGCUACAACUGGACGCCGUCACCUGCAAAGUUUUGUACCUGGCUGCCCGAGUCAACCAUUUAUCGGACGAGAUCCUCAUA